AUGGACCGAUUUACUCAAUUCCCCGCCAUUCAGGGCCAAACGACUACAGGCGACAGCGGUCUUGCAUGCAUGCGCCGGACGUGGCCGUCGGACACGGCAGCCUUGCCGCUGGAGGUGUUGGCACACGCAUGGGCAGCCCUCCUCCAAGCCUACACGACAGAAGAAGCGCCAGUGUUCCUGCUCAACGGCCGUCCUGUGAAAGUAAACGCAGCAGCGCGGAGCAUCCAGCCGGCUACCCUGGAUCCCAUCGAAUUUUCUGCAGAGCAUACGGCUGUGCAUGUGGAUGAUGAGUCCGAACGAGUAAGCAGCGGGCAGCAGAUGGGCGACUUGAAAAGCCGGCUCUCGCCCUCGGAGUUGUGUACUCUGACGUGGCACUUCGACCGCAACACCCAAACGAGCACGUUGCAAGCAACAGCUGGGAUGGACUCGCAAUACAUCCAGCAGCUAGGCUACCAGCUCGAACACAUGGUUCGGGACCGAGCGGCUUUGUCGGACAUGGCGCUGGAGUGGCCUUCUCCGGUCGAUCAGAGCUCCCCGACAGAUAUGAGGCUGUCUAUUGCGAAUCCUUCGCCAAAAAAUCUACCUGGCCCACAGCUCCUUCAUGAGCUUGCACUGAGCAAUACGACCACAGAACAUGAUGCUAUUGAAUUUAUGACCGCCGACGGGACCGUCCGUCAUCUUAGCUACCGAGCCUUGGAUCAAGCCUCCACAAGACUUGCAGCAACAAUCGAGGCGGCCGCGACGGCGAGGGCUGGUGAGCGACGGAAAUUGGUGGUGCCCGUUCUCUUACCGCAGUCUCUGGAGCUUUACAUUACCCAGCUCGCCAUUCUGAAAGCUGGCGGUGCGUUCUGUCCCUUGACUAUCGAUGCGCCAUCAGACCGUGUCGAGUUUAUUCUACAAGAUGUGGCCGCUUCGGUGGUGGUCACGCAGAAUGCACUGGCCACGAGGAUCCCCGAGGACAGCAGUGUGGCAGUGAUUACGGUCGAUGAGCUGGAAAGACACCUUGACAACCACGAGCACGACGACACAGAGACAACAACACCGGAGCAUGCGUACACCAUCUCUCCCACCGACCUUGCAUAUGUAAUGUACACCUCCGGCUCGACCGGCCGACCCAAGGGUGUGGGCAUCUCCCAUCUGGCUGCAACGCAGUCUUUACUUGCGCAUAACGACUUGAUACCCCAUUUUGCACGCUUUUUGCAAUUUGCUUCGCCUACUUUUGACGUUUCCGUUUUCGAAAUUUUCUUCCCUCUCUUUCGCGGUGCCACCCUGGUUGGCUGUGACCGUGAGCAAAUGCUUCUCGAUAUCUCCCACGUGUUGACCACGAUGCGUGUGGACGCAGCCGAACUGACCCCCACCGUGGCCGGAGAGCUUCUACGCACCCGAGCCGCAGCCCCGUCACUGCGAGUGCUCCUCACUAUCGGCGAGAUGCUAACUCGACACGUGGUGGAUGAGUUUGCAUCUUCGCCCAGCGGGACAGACGGUAUCCUUCACGGCAUGUAUGGCCCAACUGAGGCGGCCAUCCACUGCACAGCCGCCACGCAAUUCCGCUCCGAUGACCGCGUCAAUCUUAUCGGGCGAGCCUUUAGCACUGUCUCUGCAUUUAUCAUGUCUAUGAACUCGGAGGACGAAAAGGGCGCAAGCGCGAGGAAGCUCGAGCCGCUUCCUCUGGGUCAGAUUGGCGAGUUGGUGGUUGGCGGUCCUCAGUUGGCCGACGGCUAUAUCAACCGGCCCGAAGAGAACGCCAAGGCAUUCAUCGAGAGCCCCGUGUAUGGACGGCUUUACCGGACUGGUGACAAGGCUCGGAUGUUACCCUCAGGAGACAUUGAAUGCUUCGGGCGAAUCUCCAGUGGACAAGUCAAGCUACGCGGUCAGAGAAUCGAACUCGGCGAGAUCGAACACGCCAUUUGUCAGGCUCCAGGUGCACGUAGCGCAGUCGCCAUAGUAAGUAAUGGCAGUCUGGCUGCGUUUGUACUGGUCACCGGCACAGAGACGACUGAGCGCACGUUGCGGGAUGUUUGUCGGCAAUGGCUCCCACGGUUCAUGGUCCCGGGAGAGUUCAUUCUCGUGGACCAAUUUCCCCAACUUCCCUCGGGGAAGAUUGACCGAAAGUUGCUCGAGGCUGAGUUCAAGCGCCAUCGCAGCAAUGCACAGGCUGCCGAGGAGUACCAGUUCCGCGACGAAACCGAGGAGACGAUCGCCUCAUGUGUAGCCGGUGUGAUGGGGAGGCAACUGUCCUCCGCGGAAAGUCUCAGUGCUGCGGGCCUGGACUCACUCUCUGCUAUUCGACUUGCAUCUCAUCUGUUGGAUGUCGGUGUUCGGCUCGACGUUGCCCGCUUACUCGAAGCAGACUCCGUGAGCGGCAUCUGGACACUCGUCAAAGAAGCCGAGACUACAUCACCAGAUGAAGAUUCAAGGGCUGGUCUACAGUUAAUUCAGCAAUUGGUAGCAGAUGCUGGUACUGCAAGAGUUGAGGCUCUAGGCCUAAGCUCGAAAGUCGAAGCUAUCGAUAUCUGCAGUCACAUUCAACAGGCGAUGAUCAUGGAAACUACUCGACACGAAAAGGCGUACUGCAACUGGGUUGAACUGGAACUCCUGUCAGAGGCAAAGAUUUCAACGGUGCAAGCUGCAAUUUCCAAACUCCUGGAAAGAACUCCGAUCCUCCGCUCUGGGUUUGUUGAAAUUGGGCUAAAAGAUCAGUCAUAUGCUCGAAUCACCUAUCAAGCGACGCAGCUCGAUAUUGUGCAAGAAUGCAGAAACUUUGAGUAUGAUGUUCCCUUGUUGACGGGAAAUGAUCUGCUCCAUCCCCUCAAAUUCCAAUUUAAAGAGGCAGAAGGCGGCAGUCGGUUGCUCGUUCAUCUCCACCACGCGCUGUAUGACGGUUGGUCUUGGCAAUUAAUAUUGAAAGACUUUGCUCAUCUCUUAUCGGGCGAGGAGAUCGAGCCGAGACCCGAGUAUUCCGUUGUCUCGGAAUUUUUCACGGAAUAUAGGCUUGGACAGUCUCACACCGAUUCAUUGACUUUUUGGCGUGAUAAGUUGCAAGGCCUGCCCGUGGCGCCGUUUCCCAACUUCAAUGGAUCGUCCGAAAUCCCCACUGGCACACGAGAAACCAGUCGCGAUAUGCAAAUUUCGACCCAGAGACUUGCAGAAGUUUCUCAAAAUCUGCGCAUUAGCCGACAGACAAUCUUUCAAGCCGCAUACUGCUAUCUCCUUUCGACCUAUGUGGGAUCGGAAGAUGUGACGUUUGGCACGGUCUUUUCCGGCCGGACACUUCCUGUCAAAGGUAUUGAGAAUGUACUUGGUCCUUGCAUUCGCACCCUUCCUACCCGGAUGGCACUGGAUAAGAUGCAGAAUGCGGCGGAUCUUUUGCUUGCAAUUCAGAACAUGAACCAUCGGUGUCUCGAGCACGGCAGCGUCUCGCUGCAAGACAUCAAGAAGACUUCUGAGAUUGAUCCGCAAUCCAGUCUCUUCGACACUGCAUUUGUCUGGCAGGAAACUAUGUGGUCUGGCAAGGAGUACCAAGAUAUUUUCAAAGAAGUCAAUCAAGCUGAGUUCCUGGAAUUUGCGCUCUUGUUGGAGAUUGAGCCCAGAGAAUCCCACAUUCAUGCGAAGAUCACUUUCCAGCAGUCCAUCUUGUCGCAGCAGCAGGCCGAGAUUCUCUUGGAGCAAAUUGAUGCGGUCGUUGCCAUUUUCCUUGAUGAUUCAUCGCUUGCAAUUGGUGAAAUUGGCCAUCGUCUGCCUCAGACUGCACUAUCAAUCGUUGAGGUUGGCGACCGAAUGGACGAGGAAGUUUCCAGGAUACUGUCUACUGAUGCUCAUGUCGAGCCCAGUCUGCCAGCUGUGCAAUUCCUGAGAUCAUUGGGCUCGGAAGAUUCUAGCAUUGAUACGAUCACCUAUGAGCAGCUGGAGGCUCAAUCCAACAGCUUUGCUGAGCACUUGCAUCAACACGGAGUCAAAGAAGAUGAUUUGAUCGCUCUUGUUCUGAACCAUUCGGUGCGGUCUUACAUCGCUCUGCUCGCUGUAGCCAAGCUCGGUGCUGGUCUGGUUUCUCUACCAUGGCAAAAUGCAUUUGACCAUUUCGGAUCGAGAUUAUCUGCGCUGGACGUGGGAUUUUUCGUGACUGAUUCGCCAAACCCCGACUUCUCAGUGCCAGAAUCCACUCAGGGUAUUUCGGUGCUGGAAGGUAUUGAAUUAUCUGACGUUAAACCACGUCAGAUCCACAACAGUUUCCGGCUACUGUGCAUUGAUCCCUCGACUAAGGAAUAUGUCACUUUCUCUUCGAAGAACUUGAGCAGCUGCAUCAAUGCUUUUGAAGCAUCUGAUAGCCUGGUGCAUGGAUCGCGGCUGCUUUGCACGCAAAAUGCUUCAUCGCCUCUCCCUCUCAUUGCAACAUUCCUGACUUGGAGUGCCGGGGCCACAUUAUGCGCUACGCCCAAUCAGCUCAUUGCUAGUGAUCCCCAGAAAGUGAUUUCGGCUAUGGAUAUCACUCAUCUCUACACAACACCUGUUCUUGCAUCUCGAUUGGACUCCAGUAGUUUGCUCACGGUCAAAGAUCUGCACCUCUUUGGUGAGCCAUUGACGGCAAAGGCCCACCUAAAAUGGCCCGGAAAGAAAGUUUCUGCUGGUAUCUUCAACUCCACGACAACAUCGAUUCUUCUGUCAAUAUACAGCACUGACAAAAACUUUGAUACAGGCUACAACUGCCCGAUUUUCGCCGGAUACUGUACAGAUCCCGUAGAGGUCGACACCGCCACUCCUAGGAUAGUUCUUGGCAGACCGACCAAAAACACGUCUGUACUAGUUAUCGCAAACAGGACUGACGCUCAAAUAUUGCCUCGCGGGGCGGUUGGGCUGCUAUGCUUUGGGGGCAAUCAGCUGGGAACUUCAUCCUCAGGAAAGGGCAUAGAGGAUACUCAAUGCGGCAGGCUUUACAGGACGCAAGAUCUAGGCCGAAUUCUUCCUGAUGGCAGUGUUGAAAUUUUGGGUCAGCCUGCCACUUUCAGUCGAAUCAAUCACACCGUUCUCUCUUCAAAGCAUGUACGAGAUUGUGCAACUUUGAUAAUGGAUCUUUCAGAAUCUCAUCAGCAGCAGUUGGUGACCGUGUGGGUUCCUUCCACGGCGGCCAAUUCUGAUGAGGAUCUAGAAGAAAUUUCCCAGGAGAUCUGGAGGGAUUUAUUAUCCAAGCUGCGCUCGUCCGAAUUGCCCAGCUAUGUCAUCCCGGUUCCUGAGAUUUCAAUGACCCCAGAUUUCUUUACCGACCACGCCAGUGUCUCAAAAUUGGUCCGCGAUCUGGGCUUCGAGGAUCUCCAGAAAUACACCGCUCUCCGUGGCGAGAACGACAAUGGAGAAAUUUUGUCUGAGACGGAGAAAUUGAUCGUGACUGCUAUUUCCAAGGUACUUGACCUCGAUGAAAGCAUCGUUGGAAGGCACACGUCUUUCUAUAAGCUUGGUCUGGACUCGUUGUCCGCCAUCGCAUUCUCCCGACAACUCGAGGGGUCUGGCAUAGGUCGCCUACCUGUCUCUACCAUCCUUCGUCAUAGCUCAGUGGCCCAGCUGGCGGACGUGACUCCGACUACCGUCCAAAUGAAAACAACCGAGCAGACUAAAGGUGUUGAGCGGGCGUCAUCCAUGUUUGACAAGGACUUCGUAUCAGAGGUCAAGACAGAAGUGGGCUCCGAAGUGUCUUCCGUCCAGGGCGUGUAUCCUUGCACACCACUGCAGGAAGCUAUGCUCGCCGCAGAGUCUGGAAGUGGCGCAGCUUACUUCAAUCAUCUGCUUCUUCGCGUGCAAGUUGAGACCGAUACAAUGAAAGAAGCAUGGAAGCAGAUGGUGCAACGUCACGAGGUUCUCCGGACUUGUUUCAGGCAGACGAACCAGAGGCGUUUUGCAUAUGCACAGGUAGUCCUCGAUACAGCAAUUUUGCCAUGGACUGUUAUCCAAACCGAGCCAGGCCGAUUUGAUCUAGAGGUUGAAGCACGAAAGUCUGACUUUGAAGCUCGAUCACCAGUGGAUGGCAAAUUACCGUACGCGUUGACGGUAUUUGAAGACCCAGUUUCAGAGAGCCGCCAUUUACUUUUGUCGAUCCAUCAUGCUCUUUACGAUGGAGAAGGUAUAGCCCAGCUUCUUGGGGAAGUACAAAAUUUGCUUGCUGGGGAGGGUCUCGCCGGUGUCACACCCUUCCAUCACUUCAUCGAGUACAUGGUCUCAGUCGAUGCUGAGGCAUCAGACCAAUUCUGGGAUCGAUAUCUCUCAGGAGUUUCCCCCACUCUGCUUUCCACUGGCCAGAAGAGGCUCACCCGUGACAUGUCUGAUUUGCAAGCAUCGCAGCAGAUCAAUGGGCAAAUGAUCCAGUCGCUUCAAGCUUUCAAGGAUCUGUGCAAGGAUCUGUCGGUUACUCCGCUCAAUGUCUUCCACGCCGCAUGGGCAAGGCUGUUAGCUCUCCAAUCAGGAUCGUCAGACGUCUGCUUUGGAAACGUGUUCAGCUGCCGGACGGUCCCCCUCAAAGGUGCGGACAAAAUAGUAGGACCCUGCUUCAAUACUCUUCCCAUGAGAGUCAAGCUGUCUAAAUCUUCAACAAACAAGGACGUCAUGAAGCUGUCACAAAGGCAUAACAGCGAUAUCCUGCCGCAUCAGCUCAGUGCUCUACGACACAUACAGAAGCGAGCGCUCAGUGGCACAUCUCGUCUAUUUGAUACACUGGUCAUUUUCCAGUCUAAAAGUACCUCCCUUGACCCACACUAUUGGGAAAUUCUCAAGGACGAAGGUAAUAUGGGCUUUCCUCUAAUAUGUGAGGUCAUCCCAGACGAGGAAAAUGAUCUCCUUCAAGUCUGCCUGCACUUUCAGGAAUCGCAUGCUAGCCGAGAGGAGGCAGAAAUUAUCGCCAAGGACCUCAUCGCACUUGUCGAGCAGAUGACUCAGUAUCCAUCUGCUCAUGUGUGGGAUGAGCGGGUAAUGAGUGCCGAUCUUUCACAUCUCUUUGAGAAGGAGACUUCCAUCGCCCAAAUAAAUGAGACUGGAACCAAGCCAUCAAGCUCCCGGGCUUGGUCAGAGGAGGAACAAACCCUCUGUGCAAUGAUCUGCGAGUUUGCAGGCGUCGAGGUCAAGGCUGUCACGCUCGGUACUACUAUCUUCCAACUCGGCUUGGACAGUAUCAAUGCAGUGCAAAUUUCAGGAAAGCUCCGCAAGAUGGGAUACACAGUCUCUGCUGGUGACAUACUCGAGGCGGCCUCUGUUGAGAAGAUUGCAACUUUGCUUAGCAAAGGAAACAGCCAGACCGAGGAACCGGUCUACGACUUCUCCGCGUUCGAGCACAAACACAUCCAAUCCGUGUGUAAGCAACUUGGUGUGUCCCUGAACACCGUGCAAUCACUAAGGCCAUGUACCCCUGUACAAUGUGGUAUGCUGGCUCUUUUCAGCAAUACGCAGGGUAACAUGUACUACAAUAAAAUGGCGCUGAACUCGUCAACGCCUCUUGACAAAGCCAGGCUCAGGGAAGCGUGGACCAAGACGAUGGCUCGGCACGAGAUGCUCCGGACAGGUUUUGUGCAGCUGCAUGACCACGCGCAUCCAUUUGCCAUGAUCACUUAUCGUGCUGGAAUAGAUCUACCAUGGCAGGAGACCCAAAACUCACUUUCAGCUUCUCAAGAACAGGCUGUGCUCCAGAACCUGCAUCGGCCCCCAUGGAAAAUUUUGAUUGAUCAAUGUGGCAGCGUGACGACUGUACACUUCUCUGCUCUUCACGCCUUAUACGACGCACAGUCACUGCAGUCCAUUUUUGCUGAUGUAUUGGCUGCCUACGACGGAAAGCCCUUUGCUGAGCUUGCUCCUCUGUCAGACACACUGGGGCCCAUUCUGAUUGCAAGUGAAAAGCAGUCAGAGCACUCCCAGGAGUUUUGGCAAGGCCUCGCUGCCGACUUCAAGUCUGUGAAGUUCCCAGACCUUCACCCAACUCGCAUUACUGAGAAAUUUCUCGUUAUAAGAUCGGCCCGCUGUUCUCGUCCUCUUCCUGAGCUUGAAAGCGCCUGUCGCGAUGCUGGAGUUACACUUCAAGCGGCAGGCCAAGCAGCGUGGGGUCGAUUGCUUGCUGCAAUUACUGGCGAACAGAACGUUACUUUUGGCACCGUGCUCUCCGGCCGCAAUCUAUCACAUACUGCUCAGGACGCUGUUUUCCCCUGCCUUGUGACCGUGCCAUCGCUAAUUGAUACUAAUUGCACGAAUCGCGAGCUUCUGAAGCUCACUUUGAAGCGCAACGCCUCGCUUACCAAGCAUCAGUUUACGCCACUCGGAAAGAUCCAGAAAUGGCUCGGUAGUGAUGAGCCACUCUUUGAUACCUUGUUUGUCUACCAAAAAUUUGCAAAGCAGACAGCAACAACUUCCAUCAAUUGGGAAGUUGUUGACGAGGAAACUAAGAUCGACUACCCUGUCUCUAUCGAGCUUGUUCCAAAUACCAACCAGCUCGAGAUUCGAAUCAGCUGUCGAAGUGAUCUUGUUCCAGCAGAGCAAGCCGACCUUAUGUUGAGCCAGUUUGACAAAAUUUUGGAACAUACAAUCUUCUCGCCUGAUGCUUUCGCUUCCGAUUAUUUGCCUUUGGGAGAUCAGCUUCUGUCUGUGACUCCUGCUAAGGAAGUCAAGAUUCCGAGUCAGGUCUCUCUUCUUCAUCAAUUUGUUGAGGAGAGCGCGCGAGAAUGCCCCGAAAGACCCGCAUUCGAGUUUGCAUUCGGGCCUAAUGCGGACUCUCUGCAGAAGAAAUGUUGGUCCUACAAAGAGUUCAACGAGGAUGGCAACCGAGUUGCUCAUUUCCUGCAGGGGAAAGGUGUUGUGCCUGGGAUGAUAAUUGGCGUCUGCUUUGACAAAUGCCCUGAGGCCUCUUUGGCAAUUUUAGGAAUUCUCAAAGCGGGUUGUGCAUACUUGGCCAUUGACCCCUCGGCUCCCAUCUCGCGAAAACAAUUCAUUCUGGAGGACUCUUCAACAGCAAUUCUACUUUGCAAUCAGUCGCGCAUGCCAGAGUUGGAAGAGCUUGCUGAUGUCGAAGUACACGCACUCGACGAGCCAGGCAAGUUCCAACAGUAUACUGGAGAAACGCCGUCUCUUGCUCGUGAGAUCAGCCCCGAAGAUACAUGCUACUGCUUGUAUACCUCGGGAACCACGGGUACACCAAAGGGGUGCGAGAUUACUCAUGACAAUGCCGUGCAAGCCAUGCUUGCUUUCCAAAGACUGUUCUCGCCCCACUGGGAUGAGACUUCACGUUGGCUUCAAUUCGCGUCUUUCCACUUUGACGUCAGUGUUCUUGAGCAAUAUUGGAGCUGGAGCGUGGGCAUCUGUGUCACUUCUUGUCCACGCGAUCUGCUCUUUGAGGAUCUGCCGGGUACAAUUCAAAAAUUGGGUAUUACGCAUAUCGAUCUUACACCUAGUCUGGCGAGACUUGUUCACCCUGAGGAUGUGCCGUCGCUCUGUCGAGGCGUGUUCAUUACUGGUGGUGAGCAGCUAAAGCAAGAGAUCCUGGACGCCUGGGGUCAGCAUGGUGUUAUCUACAACGGAUACGGGCCUACGGAAGUGACUAUCGGCUGCACCAUGCUCCCGCGAAUGCGCGCUAAUGACAAACCCUCGAAUAUUGGACCACAAUUUGACAAUGUGGGCUCAUAUGUAUUCCAGCCAGGUACUUGCGUCCCCGUUCUGCGGGGCGGCAUCGGCGAGCUUUGCGUGUCGGGCCCUCUUGUUGGUAAGGGCUAUCUGAACCGGGCAGAGCUUACCAAGGAGCGAUUCCAGACGUUGCCGGACAAUGGAGAUCGUGUCUAUCGUACAGGAGAUCUGGUGAGAAUUUUGCAUGAUGGCAGUUUCCAGUUCCUUGGCAGAAUUGAUGAUCAAGUGAAGCUUCGGGGCCAGCGACUUGAGAUUGGUGAAAUCAACGAAGUCAUAAAGCAAGCGACUCCUGAGUUGAAUGAUGUGGCCACACUCGUCGUGAAACAUCCAAAGCAGUCCAAAGACCAGCUUGUGACUUUUAUCACAACUACUGACGUUGUCAAGAAGUCGCGCGAUGUGGAAGUGCGUUAUUUGGAGGAAGAUCGAAAUAUUCUGUCCGCUAUCAAGGCUGCUUGUCACUCACGCCUUCCGGGAUACAUGGUGCCAACUCAUAUCAUACCUAUGACCAAGUUCCCUCUGUCUGCAAAUAAUAAGGCCGAGAUGAAGGUUUUGAAGAGCAUGUAUCAGGAGCUUUCUUUGGAGAAUCUGCAAAAACUUAGCUCGAUGGCCGUUGAGCAGAGUGCCAACACCGAGCAUGAAAAGCGAAUCAUCUCGAUUUUGGCUGACUUCACUGAUUCGCCUGCGGAGUCGAUUUCCCCCUGGUCGAGUAUCUUUGAAGUGGGACUUGACUCCAUCUCUGUGAUCUCAUUUGCCAGAAGUCUCAGGGAGAGCGGAUUCCCUCACGCACAAGCAUCCAUAAUCAUGAAGCAUCCGACCAUCACUGGGAUGUCUAAGGCGUUUGAACAACCGACAGUCGUGUCGACUUCCCAGGAAAAUCUUCAAAUGAGUGCAAAGUACGGGAUUGAAGCUUUUGCGCACAAGCAUGCCUAUUCCGUCAUAGAGAGUAUUGGUGCAAAUGAAGGUGAUGUCGAGCGAAUUGCGCCGUGUACGCCUUUGCAGGAAGGCAUAAUUUACCACUUCAUGUCGAGUCCAGAGCCCUUGUACUGUUCGUCAUUCACCUUCAGCCUACAUGAAAAGGUCGAUUUGAAUGCUUUGAGGGAUGCUUGGAGACAAGCACACGAUCGAGUUCAAAUGCUGCGGGCACGGUUUGUACCCACGCCGGACGGAUAUGCUCAAGUCGUCCUCAAGAAGGAUGAACUUCAAUGGUUUGAAGAAAAGGCUACAUCUUCAGUUUCUGCUGAGAAGUUGCGACAAGAAAGAUUCAAGGGCUGGACGUCUCGCCUUGAGGGACUUUCAGGUCAACUCUGGGAAAUCGGUUUGAUCAGAUCGUCCGAGGAGUCGAUCAUGUGCCUCAAUAUCUUCCACGCUCUGUACGAUGGCAACAGUCUUGAGUUGCUUCUGGAUUUGGUCGCCAGAAUCUACUUCUCUCAACAACGAUUUUCGCAAGACCCGCCCCAGUUCCUGGAUGUCCUGCAUCUUGGCCCAUUGUGCAAGAGUCCGGCUGAGGAAAUCUUCUGGAAACAACAUUUGAAGAAUGGCCAAUCCAGACCACUUCCUAAGUUAAACGAAGGCGAUGGUCAACACACCUCUCUGGUUCAGAAAUUCAAGAUCACUACCACUGAGCCGCUUGAUCAUCUGAGAAAGUCACUCAAUGUCACCGAACAAGCUAUUCUCCAUGCCUGUUGGCUGUUGACCCUUCACCAGCAAUAUGCAUUCAUCCCCCCAAUUGGAAUGAUUGCGUCCGGCCGCACGUCUGACACGGCGGAUCUUUCCAACGUUAUCGGCCCUUUGUUCAAUACUAUUCCAAGCAAUGUGCAACUUCACGGACUUCAAUCAUGGUCGGAAGUCGCUCGAAAAUGUCACGAUUAUCAAGUUUCUUCGAUGCCUUUCCAACAUACUGCUUUGAGAAGAAUCAUGAAAUGGCUCGGAAAAAGCCCCGACGAAAGUCUAUUCGAUACUUUGUUCGUUUUCCAAAGGGACGGUCCAACCAGCGAGAACUCAAGCAAGUCCCUGUGGGCGCCACUGAACUCAGACGCCUCGCAUGAGUACCCACUAGCUUUUGAGAUUGUGCGUCACGGUGAUGAAUCAUUGGAGCUGACGCUAGCCGUCAAGGAGAACUAUGUCUCGGUCGAUAUGGCUGAGCAGCUUCUUUCCAAUUAUCAAAGGAUUUUGACAGAGUUCGCGCAAAAUCCUGACCACGAGCUCCCCUAUAUCAACGGAUCUGCAGAGGACAGAAACGCGCAAAAGUUGGAGUCGGCUUCAUUGUUGAAUCAUGUGAAUGGCACAAAUACAAGUGCCGAAUCCUCCUUUGAGUGGAGCGAUCAGGCUACUACUAUCAGAGAAAUCAUUGCUGCUCUCGCUGAAGUCGAUGUGCAAUCAAUCGACGAGAACACAUCUAUCUUUGAAGUCGGUCUGGAUAGCAUCGAUGCCAUUAAACUAUCCUCUCGCCUGGCAAAGUCUGGCAUCAAACUUACUGUUAGUGUGAUUAUGCGAUAUCGAACUGUGAAAGGAAUGGUCAGUCAACUUGAUGAGGCAAUCCCUGGACAGGAAGCAAAGUCUCUCUCCGUACUUCAUCGGAUGGAGGAUACCUUGACCAAGUUUUUGCAAAGAGAGGGUCUCAUGCCCAACACUGCAUGCCGAGUGCUUCCUGCGACGCCAAUUCAAGAAGCAAUGAUUGCCGAAAUGACAGCGUCUGAUUACCAUCACUACUACAAUCAUGAUAUCCUGCAGAUUGAAUCCCAUGUGGACAUCAUGCAAUUGCAAAACGCAUGGGCAACAGUGGUCAAGAGACAUCCUAUUCUCCGCACUUCUUUCGUUGAAGUCUGGGAUCCGCAAAUUUCGACCUCGUAUGCUCAGGUCAUACAUGACGAAAGUGCUUUGGAUUUCCGGGUCGUUCCAUUAAAUGGAGAACCUGUCGAAUCCGUGGUUGAGUUGCAGCGCAAGAGAGCCACUACAGAACUUGCUGGACACCCUCUUCUGAGCUUGACUGUUGCCCUCGAUGGAGAUGCGCGAUAUCUUAUUCUUUCCAUUUCACACGCUUUAUACGAUGGCUGGUCAAUCAACCUGCUUCAUGGGGAUGUCCUCAGAUCCUAUACUGGAAAAGACUGCGCUCGUCCCUCUUCGGACGCUAUUCUCGAGCAGAUCCUAACGUCUUCUGGUGAUCGCGCCCUCAGAUUCUGGAAAGCCACCCUAUCUAAUUGCGUGCCCGUUUCGUUCCCACGACAGAAAUAUUCCGAGGCCGGAUCAGAUGUGGUCCACCGUGCCGAGAGAGCGCUCUCUGUGCCUUUCUCCAAAGCUGAAUUGUUCUGCAAACGCCACGGAAUCACAAUGCAAGCCCUUCUUGUCAGCUGCUGGGCCGUGGUUCUGUCCACCUAUGUUGAAGCUCUUGAUGUGGUCUUUGGCCUUGUCUUAUCAGGCCGCAAUGCGGCCGACACGGAGGAAAUCAUGUUCCCCACCAUGAACACAGUUGCUAUGCGAGUCAUACUUCAUGGCUCUCGCAUAGAGCUGAUCAAAUAUGUUCAGGAGACUUUGCUGGAAAUUUCCGAGUAUCAGCAUUUCCCCCUGCGACGGGCAAGACCGGACGCGCAGUCUCGGAAUCUCUUUGAUACAUUGUUCAUUUAUCAGAAGCGGCCGUCUGUAGCUGAAGCUGAUACUUUGCAAUUAUAUCAAUCUACAGGCGGAUCUUCCGGUGUCGAAUAUCCCGUUUGUGCCGAGGUUGAGGGUGACGGGGCCAACUUGAUCGCCCGUGUUGCAUGCCGUGGUGAUGUGCUUGGAGAUCAAGAUACUGAAGUCCUGCUGGACCGCAUGACUGACGCACUCCUUUUCAUUAUCGAUGAGCCUGACAGUGCCACAAUUCAAUUCGCAGGCGAUGCCAUGAACGUCUUGGGGCUUCCAGUUCAGCAGAAACAAUCUGAAAACGCGGCUGAUUCCCCACAGCCUGGACAGCUGCCCUCGGGCCACAGAGAAUGGACAACUACCGAAUUAAAGAUUCGCAGCGUGCUUUCCACCGUUUCCGGUGUGCCAGAGGACUCCAUUGGCAAGGAAGCAAAUAUAUUCGAGCUUGGCUUGGACAGUAUCAGUGCUAUCAAGGUUGUUGCGCUUUUGAAAAAGCAGUCCGUCAAAUUGGUUGUUAGUGACAUGCUCAAAGCUGGGACGAUUGAGAAGAUGGCAGCUACGGUGAAUCAGAAUCAAGCUACAAUCUCUCAGAACGAGAUAACAAAGGCAUUGAAUGAGUCCAUCAAUGAGGUUGAUCUCAAUUUGCUACUUGCUCAAUACAGAAUUGAUCCACAGGAAGUCGGGACAGCAAUGCAAGUCACGGCUGGUCAAUCCUACUUCCUGUCCAUGCAUAGCCUGAAUCCGGAUGUGUUCUACGCAAAGUUCUACUACCUGGCUUCGUCAAACUUCAACCUCGGUGCGCUCAACAGCGCAUGGUCGAAACUCAUCAGCGAAACACCGAUACUUCGCACUGCGUUCCUUGCAACGGGUCUCUCACCGCUGCCAUUUAUCCAGAUUGUUCUAAAGUCAGCACGCAAUGUGCCCAUCUGGCAUGACAAUCUCAGCCAUGCAAUCAGCAUCGAGCACAGUUGUGGCUCGCCUCCCGUUGCGCUUCAUGUUAGCCAGACCUCGCGUGGAGUAGCUCUCAUGUUACAUAUUCACCAUGCCCUGUACGACGCUGUGAGCCUCCCGCUCAUGGUUGACCGGCUGGCACAACUCUGCAGUGCAACUGGACCUACGGCACAGCGCGAACACGAUUUGUCUCAUCUUAUUGCGUUCCAGCAUAUUCAUUCGCCCGUCAGUGACCGGCGCCAAUUUUGGCAAAAGUAUCUGGGCCAAGCCCAACCGUCAGACGCCGAAAUCAAUACGGCGGCUGAGUUUGGCGCUAUUCGGCACGAUUACCAACCUGGUUUGGUGUCGGACAUGUCCCGACUGGAAAGAGCCGCCAAGCGGCAAGGCCUCAGUAUCCAAUCGAUCUUCCUGGCUCUGUACGCGCGGGUUCAUUGCCAUGUACUGGUGGCGGAUAGGGUCGAUGAACCCUCCGCAGCCAAGCAACUAGUGGUUGGCUUGUACCUGGCUAAUCGAUCAUUUGGCAUGGACGGUCUCUCGGAGCUCAUGGCCCCCACUGUGAACAUUGUUCCCCUUCGUCUUGAUGACAAAAUGAGCAGUGAUUCACAGACUCUCUUUGCUGUCGCUCGAAAGAUUCAGGAGGACAUCAAUGAGAUCAGCUCCGUGGAGCAUGCUGGCGUAUCAUUGACAGAAAUUGCCGAAUGGACAGGAGUGCGGAUCAGUACCUGCAUCAAUUUCCUGCGUUUGCCUGACUUCAACGACUCCAAGGUUGAUGAUGCAAGCGAUGCCGUCAUUUUCAGGUCCAUCCCGGCCGAAGAACUCGACGCGAUCUACUCAUCUGGCUCUUCAGAUUGCUCCGCCCAGUUCAAUGGAGAUAGAGUUGCGUCAGACUCGGGUCAAGCGACUGAGCCGAAUGCGUCAUUGGCGGCUUUGAAAGAGGUUUUCCUGCCUACGAUUGAUAUUGAAGCAGCAAUUCGCGACGAUCGCCUGGACUUUGGAGUUUUUGCGCCAGAUGCUCGGCUGGACCGUCAUCGUGCCAGCAAGCUGAUUGAGAGAAUGAAGCAUGAAAUGACGUCGUUGAUUAAAGCCUGCGAGGUUUCUUAG